AUGAACUUAGUUAUUACAAUUUUAACUAUUACAAUAGCCCUCUCUCUUGUGCUAGCAACCGUCUCUUUCUGGUUACCUCAAAUAAGCCCAGAUGCAGAGAAGCUCUCACCAUACGAGUGCGGUUUUGACCCCCUCGGGUCGGCUCGGCUUCCAUUCUCUUUGCGGUUUUUCCUAGUCGCUAUCUUAUUCUUGUUAUUUGAUCUAGAGAUUGCACUUCUACUUCCACUACCCUGAGGAGACCAACUUCACAACCCCACCAACACCUUUUUUUGGGCUACAGCAGUCUUAAUUUUACUUACCCUAGGACUGAUUUAUGAAUGAACCCAAGGGGGCCUAGAGUGGGCAGAAU